AUGGCGCCCCCUCAGAAGCCAGAGACCUUCAUGCUUUCAAACGAAGCGCAACAGAGCCUGCCUCACGAUGCGCAAGUUGCACUUCAACAAGUCGAUAAUUUGAAAUACUUCCUUCUUUCGGCGCCAGUAGACUGGCAGCCAGACCAGCUCAUCCGGAGAUUCCUUCUCCCGACUGGCGAUUACAUCUCUUGUGUACUUUGGAGCAACCUUUUCCACAUCUCAGGAACAGACAUCGUUCGCUGCCUUGCUUUCAGAUUCCAAGCCUUUGGACGCCCUGUCAAAAAUUCAAAGAAGUUCGAGGAGGGUAUCUUUUCCGACCUGCGAAACCUGAAGGCUGGGACAGAUGCUACACUCGAAGAACCGAAAAGCCCAUUUCUCGAUUUCCUCUACAAGAACAACUGCAUCCGUACUCAGAAAAAGCAGAAGGUCUUCUACUGGUACAGUGUGCCCCACGACCGGCUAUUUCUCGAUGCGUUGGAGCGUGAUUUAAAGAGGGAGAAGAUGGGCCAGGAAGCCACCACCGUCGCAGUUAGCGAGCCUGCUCUGUCUUUUGAGUUUGAUUCGUCUCAGUCGCUGUACGAGCAACUCACAAAGGCACAACAAGCGAAUUCAUCAUCGUUUGCUGCACACGCAAGUACGACAUAUGGCCAAUCUGCAUCCCCAGUCGUUCGGACCGUUGACGCAAUGCCUCCUCCUCAGAUGGCUCCCCAGAUGGCUCCGCCGUCGAUCCCCCUUCUCACGGACGAAUCGGUCAAUCACCAGAUGUACACAUCGAUUCCGAUGCCCAACCCUCUAACUCAGAACCUUAUUAAACGCGAGGCGGAUUACGGCACGAUCCAGUACGAUCGCAACGGAAUGCCCAUUUCUCGCAUCCACCAGCGCCACUCUUCAAUGCCCACAUUUGUCGAAUACUCGCCGGCGCCGUCAUUUGUCUCGUCGCAGUAUGAGGAUUACAGCAACCGCGGCUUAUCGUUCGAGCCUGUUACACCCCCGCAACACACUUCUCACAUGGGGGCAGAGCCUGCUUACAUUGCCAACGAAGACACGGGCUUGUACACCGCAAUCCCCGAAAUGUCUACCGGGGCGGGUUUCAACCCUAUGAUGCACCUUCCGCCAUCUAACCUCGCAAGUGCGCAUUUUCCUACACCGGCUCGGACUUUCCACUCCAAUGUUUACUCUGUUCUAGAAGGGUCGCCCACUUACAAGCAACGUCGGCGUCGAUCCUCCAUCCCACCCGGCGCCGCCCACCCUGUGACUACUGGCACCCACUCGCCUGCCCCUGCUCUCUCGUAUGCGGCCCAUAGGCCGAGUGACCUGCGACGCUCUGUUUCCAGCUCCGUUGCUCCAGGUGAGACGGAUGAUGCGCGCCAUGAGUCGUUGCACCGUUCCCUUACUGGGGCUUACGGUGCUGCAGCUCUACCCCAAAAGAACUUGAUGCAGGAAAUGUCGCGAAACGGCACACCUCUUUCCAAUGUGGAUGAACACCGCGAGCAGAGCUCCAUGCCCCUUGCCCACGCCGAUGAUCUGUCAGCUCUCCCCACAAACGGAACCAUGGAAACAACUGUCCACAACAGUAUCGGACACAAGGGCGACCGAUAUGCAACUGGACCCGUUCGCCGCGCCCGAAGUGCAACCAUGAUGGAACUUGGCCCUUACCCACAGAAGUCUCAUUCUUGCCCGAUUCCUUCCUGUGGCCGACUUUUCAAGAGAUUAGAGCACCUGAAACGGCAUGUGAGGACCCACACUCAAGAGCGACCAUACCCUUGCCCUUAUUGCAACAAGGCAUUUUCUAGGUCUGAUAACCUAGCUCAGCACCGCCGCAUCCACGAGGCUCAGCAGGACGGUCACCCGAUAGUCCACGAGGAUGAUCUGGAAAACGAUGACAAUGAGUCUGAUUCUCAAGACGAGGACGAGACACCAUCUGAAUCUGUCCACGCCAUACCCGGUGUCCACGGAAUGACGACCAUGCCAUCAUCCAUGGCUCUCCAACCUACAAUGGGUACAAUGAUGGGACCUCACAUGAUCGCUCCCCAACUUUUGCAACAACACAUCUAG